AUGAAACUCAUCAGCACGAGUUUUGUAGUGUUUCAAUCACCCCAUUUUCUUCUUGGUAUUGCUCUUGCAUUGUGCUUUAACCAAGUCUUGUCCACCACCAAUGAAACAGAUAGAGUUGCAUUGCUCGCAUUUAAGGCCAGCAUAACCGGAGAUCCUUUCGGUGUGCUCAACUCAUGGAAUAAUAGCAUUGGGUUUUGUCAGUGGUAUGGCAUUACAUGUAGCCGGAGGCACUGGAGGGUCACGGCCCUAGACUUGUCAUCACAAGGACUCUUUGGAUCAAUCUCUCCUCAUAUUGGGAAUCUCAGCUUCCUAAGGGAAAUGUGGCUUAUCAACAAUAGUCUCCAUCAUGAAAUCCCUCCACAAGUCGGUCAGCUGCGCCGCCUUCGACACUUAAGACUAGAUGACAAUUCAUUGGUUGGCAAGAUUCCCAAAAACAUAUCGGUUUGCUCUAACCUUGUCACCCUCAUUCUUCAAGGCAACCGACUAAUCGGAGAGAUUCCUGGAGAGCUUGGUUCACUAUCGAAGCUACGGACGUUCGUUUUGUCCAUUAAUAAUUUGACUGGGAGUGUGCCUUUCUCCAUUGGAAACUUAUCUUCAUUAGAGGCCCUUUAUUUAGCCCGCAACAACUUGGGCGGGAGCAUUCCCCAAGUUCUAGGCGACCCAACAAACUUGCAACUCUUUACCCUUGGAGGAAACAGAUUAUCAGGUACAAUUCCAUCUUCGUUAUUCAAUCUCUCUUCGCUAACUAUGUUUGAAGUUGGAGAAAACCGGAUAGUAGGGACUCUUCCUAUGGAUAUGGGGCUCAAACUCCCAGGUCUUGAAUAUUUGAGCAUCUACAUGAACCAACUUGAGGGGCCUAUUCCCUCGUUGAUAUCGAAUUGCACAAAACUAGAGUUGCUUCAACUUCCAUUUAACAAGUUUUCUGGGAAUGUACCUUCUUUUGAAAUUUUGCAUAAGCUUCGUUCACUUCGAAUCUUUAGAAAUCAGCUUGGAAGUGGAAAACCUGGAGACUUAAGCUUCCUUUGCUCAUUGACCAACAGCACCAAAUUACGGCAUGUGCUUAUUUCGGAGAACAAGUUUGGUGGGGUGUUACCAAAAUGCAUAGGUAAUUUAUCUACUAGUCUCACGAAACUUGCAAUAGAUGAGAAUCAAAUAUCCGGUGAGAUUCCAGAAGAAAUCGGGAAUCUUGUUAACCUGGAUCUAUUGUAUAUGCAUCUCAACGAUCUUUCAGGUGGUAUACCCUCAAACUUGGGGUAUCUACAGAAUCUAGUGCAACUGGACUUAAGUGGAAACAACUUGCAAGGGACCAUCCCAUCUUCUUUUGGAAAUCUAACCAAGUUGAUUCAACUGAUUCUUUACGAGGACAACUUGCAAGGGCAAAUUCCUUCCCAUCUAUCAAAUUGUCGGUCUCUUGAUCUUCUUGAUUUGUCUUAUAACAAUCUCAGUGGUGCCAUACCCCCGCAGCUUAUAGGUCUCUCAUCAUUAGCGAUCAUUUUGGACUUGUCUCAUAAUCAUUUGACUGGGGUUCUACCCAUGGAAGUUGGUAACUUGAGAGUUUUGACUGAGUUGGACAUCUCGGACAAUUUGUUGGGAGGUGAAAUCCCCAAUAGUUUAGGUGAUUGCACUUCGUUGACAAAAUUGAGGAUGUGGGGCAACUUCUUCCUUGGGUCCAUUCCUCAAUCAAUCAAAUCAUUAGGAGGCAUUGAAGAGAUGGAUCUUUCACGCAACAAUUUGUCAGGUCAAAUUCCAGAAUUCUUGGCAAUAUUUCAUUCCUUGAAAGUCCUGAAUUUGUCAUAUAAUAAAUUUGAAGGCAUGCUACCAUGUGAAGGAGUCUUUAAGAAUGCUACUGGUACUUCCAUCAUUGGCAACAAUGAGCUCUGUGGCGGACUGUCAAAAUUUCACCUCCCCAAUUGCAUCUCUAAAGGCUCCAAGAGAAGAAAGAUUAAUAUGAUGAUAUUGACCGUUUAUGUUAUUUUUGGAUUUCUUGGAACAUCUCUUUUUCUUGCUCUUAUAUGUCUUUUUUGGUUGAGGAAAAAAGCAAAUAAACCAAUUUCAAGUUCGACAGACGAUUCGUUUCCAAACGUAUCUUAUGGAACACUCUUAAAAGCAACCGAUGGAUUUUCUUCAAUGUGUUUGAUUGGUGUUGGAAGCUUUGGUUCUGUAUAUAGGGGGGUACUCGAGGGUGACGGAACUAUUGUUGCCGUGAAGGUGCUUCAUUUAGUGUGUCAUGGUGCUCUGAAAAGCUUCACAGUUGAGUGUGAGGCAUUAAAGAAUAUCAAACAUCGAAAUCUUUUGAAGAUACUGACAGUUUGCUCGAGUAUUGAUUAUCAAGGAAAUGAUUUUAAGGCCUUAGUCUAUCAAUUCAUGGACAAUGGAAACCUGGAACAGUGGCUACAUCGAAACACAACAUCAUCUCAUAGUAAUGAGCUUCCGAAAAAGUUGAAUUUCAUUUGGAGGAUAAAUAUUGCUAUUGAUGUUGUUUCUGCGCUAGAUUAUCUUCAUCACAGGUGCCACAUCCCCAUUGUUCAUUGUGAUUUAAAACCGAGCAAUAUCCUCUUAGAUGCGCAGAUGGUCGCACAUGUGGGCGACUUUGGAUUGGCUAAAUUCCUUCUUGGAGCAUCCCCUGAUAUUCCAGCUAAUCAUACGAGCUCAGUGAGUCUUAGAGGGACAAUUGGUUAUGCUCCACCAGAAUAUGCAAUGGGAUGCGAGGUCUCAAGAGAAGGAGAUGUCUAUAGUUACGGUAUCCUUUUACUAGAGAUGUUCACGGGAUUGAGUCCCACUGAUGAUAGAUUCGAGGACAAUUUGACUCUCCAUCGUUUUGUCACAACAGCUUUGCCUAAACGAGCCUUGGAAAUUACAGAUCACAUUCUACUUCUAGAAAGAGAGAGUCGUUUCAAUCCCAAUAGUCCUAAGCAUUGGCUUUCUAAAAGCAAUGACAUAUUUGAAGAGUGUUUGGUUACGGUAUAUAAUAUCGGAGUGGCUUGUUCCAAUGAAGUGCCUAGAAGACGGAUGAGCAUCAGCGGUGUUGCAAAUCAGUUGCAAAAGAUUAGGGAACAGCUCUUUGCAUUGGGUUUUCAUGAACAUGAUGAACUAUCGCAGGUGAUAUGA